CGGUGACCUCUUCGCACGGUGCGGGGGAGGGGGUGUCCAGCGAGUGCAGAUGCGUCCCCGCCCCUGGCGCCCACCUUCGUCAUUUAUUUAUUUGCCCGUUUUCUGUCGCUCUGUCUACCCCAUAUAUAGCGAGAAGAAAAGGACUGCGUUCGUCGUCCACACUGUGUGUAGGGCACACAGUCGGCGCCGCAGGAACAUUUAUAGAUGAAUAACCCUCUCCCCGAGCCCCCCAAAGCAGCCUCACCUGCCAGGACCACCUUUCGGCCUGGCUCCCGAUGACGUCACGUGUGUCUCCGCGUGGUCCAUGUACCCCCACCUGACCUGGGGGGAUCGGGCACAGAGGCUGAGAAAAAGCAGACCCUUCUUGCAGAUCUGACAGGAUGGAGACACAGAGAGCCCCGACAGUGGAGGAACUGCUCGGGCAGAGGCUUCUACGGAACGUAGCCCCCAACAUGCUGGAUGACCUGCCUCUCCUGAUCUCCCCGGAACUGUUCAAGGAGGCCUUCACUGGGGGACAUGUUGAGGUCCUGAAGGCCAUGGUGCAGGCCUGGCCUUUCCCCUGCCUCCCUCUGGGGGCCCUGAUGAAGAUGAGGAGACUGGAGACCUCCCACACUGAGCUGGGAGAAGAAAACCUGCAGCCCUUCAAGGCCGUGCUGGCUGGGCUGGAUGCACUGCUGGCCCUGAAGGAUCCCUCCAGGUGGCAACUGAAAGUGCUAGACCUUCGAGAUGUGCACGGGGACUUCUGGUCCAGAGGCCCCGGAGCAGUUACCGACACCCUCGAGGCAGAAGCCGGGGAGAAGAAAGCAGGCGAGGCAGAGCCAGGCAUGGAGGCGCAGCCGGCCUUGAGAGUACUGGCGCAUCUCUGCCUCGAGGCUCCCGGUGCAUCCGGGGUUCAGGGGGACGGAUCCCAGGGCUGCCUCUUGGAGUGGGCCGGGAAGAGGACAGCCGCCGUCCACUUGUGCUGUGAGAAGGUGACGAUCGAGUCCAGCAACGCCCGCACUGUCCUGAGGCUGCUGUGCGCGGUGCAGCUGGACUCCGUCCGCGAGCUGGUGGUGCACAGCAGCUGGAAUCGGGACGGCACGAGAGAGUUUUUCCGCGAGCUCACGAAGAUGACCAACCUGCAAACGUUUCACUUCAGUAGCCUGAGUCCACGCCGGUUCCCUUCCCACUCGAAAAACAAGCGGUACUCGCGCCUGUACGCGACGCACCUGGCACAGCUGCAGGGGCUGCGCGAGUUCCACGUGGACGACGUCUUCUUCCUGCGCGGACGUCUGCACAAGAUCCUCAGGAGCGCCACCCCGCUGGAGUCCCUCUCCUUGAGCUCCAGCCCGCUGAGGGAAGGGGACUUGCUGCAUCUGACCUUUAACCCCACCAUGAGCCAGCUAAAGCACCUGCUCCUGAGGAAGUUCUCCAUGAAACUCUUCAGCCGUGAAGUCCUCCCACUGCUGCUCGAACAAGCGGCCGGCACCCUGGAGACCCUGGCCCUGGAGCACUGUGAGCUCACCAACGCCAAGCUCCUCGCCAUCCUGCCCGCCCUCAGCCUCUGCUCCCGGCUCCAGACUUUCAGUUGCUAUGGCAACCACAUCUCCCUAGGCGUCCUGCAGAAGCUGCUGCGAGUGACCCUGGGGCUCAGCCAAAUCACCCAGGGCCUGUACCCCGCCCCUCGGGAGAGCUAUGAGGCCAAGUGUGUGAGCCAGUUUGUGUGCCCUGAGCAGUUUCCCUGGGUCCGUGAGAGACUGACGCCGCUACUCAAGGACAUCAGGCCAUCCCUGAGGGUCCGCAUCUGUACCUACUCCUGUGAUUCCUGCACCAUGUGCCAGUUCUACAGCCUGGAGCCCACGGGAAGCUGGGAAAUCACACAGGAGUGUCGCUAUGGAACUCGCCUUCAGUGUCAGAACUGUGUCCACCCCGAGUUGGGUACCUGUAACCAAAGUUAGUCUCGCGUGGAUGAUUGUCAAGACGUGGGCCACACGAAGGGAAGCUUUGGGGAAAGUGCUUUUCCUUUGUUAUUUUAAUGUAAUACAAAUAAAU